GAGCAGAAGAGUAGUAGUAGUAACUAGAAACACACCAAGAUGUGGAAGAGAGCCUUCGUCGGCGCCGCCACGGCCGCCGCCGCCCUCCGUCGUCCAUUCCCCUCGUUAAUCCGCGACGCCACCAGCAGUUCAUCGUCCAACUCAAUCUCUUCUGCCGUAAACUCGAUGCUCCUCCGCUCCCUCAAAGACCACUAUCUCGAAGUCGCCAAAAUGAACAUGCCCCCGAAAGUUGGACCUCCAUCGCCAUUCACGAUCGUAAAAGGCGCACUCGAUUCUAACGGCCCCGUGCUGAAGCGGAACUACGGCGACGAAGAGAUCACAAUCUACGUCAUGCGCUUGGCCGCCAACGACGACGAAGACGGCGACGGCGGCGGCGGCGGCGGAGUCAUUGAUCAACUGUUCAUUCACGUGGAUGUGUCGAAACCAAAUCAGAACGAAUGCUUGAUGUUUCUGUGCGGAUUAUACGAAGAUGCUUUGGGGAUUCACUCAGUUUCAAUGAGACCUAAGCUUCAAGAAUCUGGUGGCGGUUACCUCCUCGUUCCUUCGCAAUACGCUGGUCCAUCUUUUGCAGACUUAGAUGAAUCCAUGAGGGAUGCAUUUCACAGUUACAUAGAGGAGAGAGGAAUAAACGAUAGCCUCUUCAAGUUUCUACAAGCAUGGCUCUAUGUUAAAGAACAUCGAAAUCUAUUGCGUUGGUUCAAAACCAUGGGCUUGUUCAUUGAUGGCAAGAAGCCUCCUACACCUUCCUCCUAAUCCUCUCUGUUAGAGCAUGUAUUUUUGAAAUUGACUCGUAUAGUAUUCAGUUUUCACAAUAUUAAAUUAUGAAUUUAGAACUUGUUGAGUUUUGAUUAUAUCUUAUUUUUUAUUUAGAGGCUCUAAAGUUUCUUAGUGGACUAUUUGAACUAAUUAUUUAUUUUGGAGGCACUCUAAACAAAUAUAGUUACAUGAUUCAUUGAUCA